CGGCGCGCCAAGUACCAACGAUAGCUUUAGCCAUACAGUUAAGAGUGUGAAGGAACGAACGUAUCGAAAAACCGUGUUCAAAAUGUGGAAAAUGUUGUUGUCAGUUGCCUUGCUGUGCCUGUUCGCUGCCAGCGCUCUAGGUCAGGACCAAACCGUGGACUGCGUCGCAGCCCAGGGCAUUAGUUUCAAUAAUACCGAACUUUUUAGCACUUGGUAUGAAGUUGCCCGCAACCCCGCCGCCGCCUCCAAUUGCAUCGAAGUGUCCACGAAGCUGUCGCAGGACAAUACAACACUCAGUCUGACAGUCGCACACAGCGCAACGCUCUCCUCGAACUAUAUGAAUGUGAACGAGGUGGCGUCCUUAGCGCUCACCAACCAAACUAACGGAACCAAUUUAGUAUUCUCUGUGAAUGGCCAAAACCAGUCGGCAAUUUUCGUCAAGCUGCUGGAGCAGAAGAAAUUGGAUAAUGGCAAGAGCUUCCUUAUCGGCUGUGGCCAAACCACUCCUGGCAAUGCCAACACCACUUAUGGAUUCUUCCUGCAAAACAUAACCGCAUCUGCAACUGCUGACGAACUUUACAGCCUCAAUCAAAACGCUUCAUUGAAAUACUCCUUCUUCAAUGCAACAAGCAACAUCACGUCUGUAAAUCAAAGCGGUUGCUUCCGAAACUCGGCGGAUCGGUUAGUGCCGGCGUUUUCAGCACUGAUGGCUCUUUUCUAUAUGCUGCUCAAGGCCUUCUAAAGCUGGAUUGUUCAACUUGUUUAUUCAAAGGCUCGUUAUUCUUUUGAGUUGAUUCACACUGAUUUUUAGUUCUUUAUGUAUAAACAAAAAUUUUUAA